AUGGCAAUAAUAGAUUUACUUGUAAAAGUAAUUAAAGUUUGGAGUUUGUCUUUUUUAUUUUGCAUUUGUUUUGGAUCUCCAUUUAAAGGUUAUUAUACAGAAACAAGUAUUCUAGCAACUUAUUUUUGUGGUGUUUUAAUACCACUUAUCAUUCGUACAAAAUUACCAAUAUCACGAAUAAUAGGUGUAUUAUCAACGUUUAAGAAAAAUUCAUUAAAUCAAUCAAAUAUAAUUGAGACACGCCUUGCUCAAUUUACAUUUAUAGGUGCUUGGUUUGGCUGUUUUGUCAUUCCACUUGAUUGGGAUAAGUGGUGGCAGGCAUAUCCACUACCAGCUUUAUUUGGACAAAUUAUAGAGUAUAAUUUUCCUAAGGUUAUUCCUACAAAUCCAGGAUCUCCUAAAUUAAUUUCACCAUCAACAUUUUUGGAGGGUAUAAUUUUUUUUGUUUUUGAUAAUCGUAUUGGACCUAUUGUUAAACAUCAAGUUCCUGGAAAUAUUUUAGAUUUACAAUUUGUUAAUGAUAAUUCUGUACUAGUUAUACCAAAAGAUGAUUUUAUGGGUAAAAUGUUAAAAUUCAAUUCAAAUGGAAUAACACUUAUGGGAAGACCUAUAGCUAUAAAAGAUGAUUACUAUGAAAGAAGUAAAUUUAUGUUUAAUUGUUGUUUAGCUAUUAAAGAAGACAGUACAGCAGAAUUUUCUUAUUCUUCUAUUGUAAGAAAAAUUUCUGAAUAUUUGGAAGAAAUGGAAGUUGAAAGUCGAUGUUUAUCUUCGGAUAAUUUUGAUCUUGAAGGACUUUUAAAAAAAAUUUAUAAAGAUUUAACAGAGAAAGGACAGUGUGUACAUUCAGUUAAUGCUGGAUUAAAAAUUUAUCUUAAACCUGAUUCAAAUUUAGAACGUCGUGUAGCACCUAUUGUAGAUCAAUAUAUGGUUCCAAUAUUUAAUAGACUUCCACCACCAACAAAACAAGAACAAUUAUGUAGAAUGGAUUUACUUUGUAAAAAGAUUUGUCCUUUAAUUGAUGGAAUUAAUACAAUAAAAGAAAUUGCGGAUGAAGUUGAAAUUGAUGUUGACCUUGUUAUUCGUUGUAUUAAAAAUCUUCAUGUAUAUGGUUAUGUAACAUUACUUCCAUUAUUUAUGUACAGAAAUUGUUAUACACAAACAGAAUCAAUAGCUGAUUUUCGUAGAAAUGAUACACUAAAAAAUGAAUGUUUAGCAUUUAUAAAAUUAAAUAGACGUUUACGUAAAAUUUCUUUUGAUGAUGUUUAUCGUUUAUAUUUAUCAUUGUCAGCAAAUUUAACAGUUAGACAAUGGUGUAUAGAGUUUAAUCCUCGAAAUUAUGGUAUUGAUGAACGUAAAUUUAUUCAGUAUGGUGUUUAUAGAAAAAUUAUUACAAAAAUUAACACUUACCCAAUAGCAUUAAAUCCUAAUGAUAAAACUGAAAUCGCUGGAUUUUAUAUGUCUAAUAGUAAACCUAUAUUGUAUUCAUAUUGGCGUAGUUCUUGUUCAUGGAGAGUAAGAAUUGCUUUAAAUCUUAAAAAUAUUGAUUAUGAAUAUAAAGCUGUUAAUUUGCUUAAACAAGAAAAUCAUGCAAAUGAAUACUUAAAAAUAAAUUCAAAUGGAUUUGUUCCAACUCUCGUUAUUGAUGAUUCUGUUCUUAUUGAAUCAAUUGCAAUUAUUGAAUAUUUAAAUGAAAAAUAUCCAGAAACUUGUCCUUUACUUCCAAAAUCAUUAAUUGAUCGUGCUAAUGUCAGAGCUAUUACAUUAAUAAUUUCUUCUUCUAUCCAACCUAUUCAAAAUAUUGGAGUUUUAAAUUAUUUAUCUAGUGAUCCUGAAAAAAAAACUGAAUGGGGAAAACAUUUUAUAACUAAAGGAUUUACUUCACUUGAGAAAAUGUUAGAGAAAACUCAUGGAAAAUAUUGUGUUGGUGAUAAUAUUACUAUUGCAGAUAUAUGUAUACCUCCUCAAGUUUACAAUGCUAAUCGUUUUAAUGUUGACAUGUCAAAGUUUCCAAUAAUUAGUAAAAUUAAUGAAGAAUUAGAAAAAAUUGAAGCAUUUAGAAAAGCUCAUCCAUCUUUUCAACCAGAUGCCGUAAAUUAA